GGAAAACACGAGUGUCUUGACGCCUAGAGAUCGACAGAGGGAUAUUAAUCGUAUCGACAGGAGGAUCGAUAAAACGAGAGCGAGCUAAUUGGUACGUUGACGAAACAAAUAUACAAGGUCGAAUCUCAGAUGCAAAAGGUGCAAUCUGAUUUCAAGAGAAGCGGAGAGCAAUUAAAGUUGAAGGACCAAGAAAUUUACCGGCUUAAACGAAAGAUCAAGGAGUGGGAGACUAAGAGCAAAAACCAAGAAAUUCAGCGAAAGAAAGAUCAGCAACAACGACGAAUCCAAGCCGAUCAUUCGGAGUACCUUUACAGAAGAUGUUUGAUGCUCGAGCAGAGAAUUUUCGAGAUGGAGAAAUUCUUAGCCGAUUACGGUCUGAUCUGGGUCGGCAAUACGAACAGCCCGAAGUACCCUGAAACGAUCUCCAACAACUCCAUCGAGACUUGUUACGAGCAGAUUAUCGCGAACAUCGACCAGCUGAACCUGGCCGCCGGGAAAGGUGAAGUUCACGUGCAACAUAACGAAAAAGGGAACGGAGCCUCGUUCAAAACCCACUCUUGCAUGUCAUUAAAAUUCUACAAAAAUGGAAUGAUAGUUCAAGACGGCCUAUUACGAUCUUACGACGAUCCAGUUACGAUAUCGUUUCUUCGAGAUAUUUUGGACGGCUACUUCCCUUCUGAGUUGCAAGAGGCUUAUCCAGAAGGUGUACCCUUCAAGGUUGAGGAUCGCAGGCACCAAGUGUUCUUGAACUCCGUCGGUUUUCCUGGCCAAGGUUAUCGCUUGGGAAGAGAAUCGUUAGUCGAUAGUACAUUGAUAUCGUCUAGAUCCCGGAAAUGCAACCAGAAAUCGGUUCGUCGUGGCCUUCCGAAAGAUAAUCCAUCUAACUAUGACUUCUCUUCGCCGCUGAUGCCUGCCACAUCUAGAUCCUCGAGAACGAAAGGUCCUCCAGAAGCUCCUCCUAUGGAGAUGUACGUCCUCCGCUCUCAAAUUUUAGCAUCUCACAACAAUAUCUGUUCCGAUACGCAUUUACAGUCGCAUAUCAAUGCCGAGCUCGGUCUGAGCAAUCGGAAAGAAAAGCGCGAGGUUGCUAACAGAAACGGGGAACAUGAUUCACCGAUACGCGAAGGAAAUCAAAGAUCCAAAGGUGUCAUGAGAUUUCCAAGUUCUGGCAGGUGUUAUCACAGUUCUGGUGAUAGAUCGUCCAAAUUAUCGCCCAACCGAAUGGAGAACUCUGAUGAUCGCUACAGACAGCGAUCAAGAUCUGCCAGCUUGCCGAAUUCUCGAUACUCCGUUACUUCCAGAUCAACUCCGAAAACGAAUAUCGACAGUUCCUCGUUUCCUAGUCCUCAAACGCAACAGAAUACGCAAAAGAAGGCUCAACGUGUUCCAAGAUCUGCUGCACCAGUCAGAAAGAAUGCACCGCCCAUUCUGCAUCAAAUAAACGAACCGUCUGGGAAACUAGGCGAACUCCGCCUGAAAGUCAGGUCUUUGAAUGGUGGUACUGUUUAUUUGGUGCACGUAUCUGCCGAUGAGCCGAUAGCUCGACUUUAUCAGCUGCUAGAUAGAGCUAUGUCAAGAACUGUUCCUCGAGGAUACAAAAUUAUUCUAAGCGGCUAUUCGCCAAGAAGAUUAGAGCAAUUGGGGACAACCUUGAGGGAAAUUGGUAUCACUAGAGACAGCGUUUUGCAUUUAGUGAACGAUUAA